AUGCCUGUUAAUGGCAAUAGUUUUUCUAGUGUGGGUGACCUUGAGUGGACGCUGGUCACGGGUCGCCCUCGUGACGACAGCGCGGGUCCCCUGGGACGUCCGCCAGCCAGGCUCUGGCCGCCCCGUUUCGCUGUACCGCCUUCCGCCACGCCCUUCUCUGCAGCAGCGGUGCGCUCGCGUAACCACCACCAGUAUAAAGGCGAGGCCGCCAGACCCCGGCAUCAGUCGACGAGAGCAAACCGAAGGCGACACCAUGAAGACUCUCGUGUUCCUGUUUGUGGUGCUGGCUGUGGUGUGCGUGGCUCUGGCUGUGCCUGGACCUCUGCCCCUACCACGUCCUGGCCCAGUGCCAAUCCCUGCUGCGCCCAGGGAGACCCUGCGUGGCAGCGAGCAGGUCUACUAUGGAUACUACCCAUACGUCGUCGGCUAAGUGCAAUGACAAUGGCGAACGGCUUCCAAAUCGGCAUCACUGUGGAGCGCAUACAAACACCUUUUGGCUAACGUUUUCUGUUUGACUAUUAAAUCUGAAACUGACUUUAAUUCUCAAUAAAUUUUCCAUUUCCUGUUGAA